AUGGCUUUUCUCUUUACCCUGGCUUCGAUGGCGACGUCCACCAUGGCUUUCGACUGCACCCGCGAAUACCUCCAGAGCACAGCAGAUUCCUACGUGGAUCUAAUGGCAACGGGCCAACACGACCGAUUCGAAAACAUCGCCUACACGAUGAAAUACUUCGAAAACAACGUAACCGCCUCACUUCUCAACGGCGUACCCGCCUUCGGUCUAACCAUUGACACCCAUCGCUCCAUCCUCGAUACCACACAAUGCAAGACAAUGACCGAGCUCAUCGUCACCGACACCAAGCACCCAUACGUCAUGCACACGCAGAUGACCCUAGACCCCGAAGGCAACGUAAACCUCAUCGACAGCAUCGUAACCGACGCAGGUGACUGGGCCUUCAACGCAACCGGCACCUCCCACUGGAACAGCCAAGAAACAUGGAACCCCAUUCCCGAAUCCAGCCGCGACACCCGCGAGACCAUCAAAGCAGCCGGUGAAGCCUACGCCGACCGCUGCAACGACGUCUCCGUCCACGUCCCCUUCGGCACCCCCUGCGCCCGUCUCGAAGGUGGUGCGUAUACCGGUCGUGGGAAUCUCUCAGCAAAUACGUGCGAUAUUGGUGGGCUGCCUGAACAUAUCCCCAUGACUAAUCGCAAGUAUGUUGUUGAUGAGGUGAUGGGUGUUGUGGAUAUCUUUAUGGGCUUUACGGGGCUGGAUCGCACGAGGAAUACGGAGGGGGCGCCGGAUAGUCAUAUGUUUCGGGUUGAAGAGGGGAGGAUUAGGUACAUCCAUACGGCGAAUUGA